UGCUGCGAAGCACAAACUUAUUAUUCUUUAGCUUUUGCAGUCCACUUGGUUUUUCAUUGUCCUUUCCACUCCUGUUCUUUCUUCUUCUCUUUGAAAUAUUUUUCUUUGGAAAAUUCUCUUUGAGAUCAUAUUUUGAUCAUCAUCAUCAUCAGAUAUGUGUCUGACUGAGGUUUUCGGAAAGUGUUUGGGAUUAAAAGAAGAUGAAAGAGAUAAUGAUCCAACCAGGCAAACAGUCAAAGUUAAAGGAACAGUUGUUUUGAUGAAGAAAAAUACUCUGGAUAUGACUGAUUAUGGUGCAUCUAUACUUGAUCGUGUUCAUGAGUUAUGUGGUAAAGGUGUUUGUUUACAGCUUAUCAGUUCUGAUAAUGCUGACCCAGAUAAUGGAAUGCAAGGAAAAGUUGGCAAAGAAGCGUAUUUGGAAGAAUGGGUGAAAAAAAUAACAUCAUUGACUGCUGGAUUAUCAGAAUUUCAUGUCACAUUUGAAUGGGAUGAAUCCAUUGGAACUCCUGGUGCAUUUUUCAUCAAGAAUUUUCACCAUAGUGAAUUCUUUCUCAAAACCUUAGUCCUAGAAGAUGUGCCAGGGUGUGGUCCUAUUCACUUUGUUUGUAAUUCUUGGGUUUACCCUUCUAAACAUUACAAACAACCUCGGAUUUUCUUUUCUAACCAGAGCUAUCUGACAAGUAAAACACCAGAACCUUUACGUAAAUACAGGGAAGAUGAGCUCAAAAUUCUCAGAGGAGAAGGAUAUCAAUCCGGUGAACUUCAGGCAUGGGAUCGAGUUUACGACUAUGCAGUGUAUAAUGAUUUAGGAACUAACCGUCCAGUUCUCGGAAAUUCAGCCGAGUUGCCUUACCCCCGGAGAGGAAAGACAGGACGCAAACCAACAAAGAAAGAUCCCAACUACGAAACUCGAAUGUUCCUACUGAACCUAAACAUUUAUGUCCCGAGAGAUGAAAAGUUUAGUCAGUUGAAGUUCUCAGAUUUUCUGGCCUAUGCGGUGAAGGCAGUGGGUCAGGUCAUUCGCCCAGAAAUAAAAGCAAUCUUUGACAAAACACCUAAUGAAUUCGAUACCUUCGACGAUGUGCUGCAUCUGUACGAAGGAUACCAAGGACGGCCUAAAAACUCCAAUUUAUUGAAUUCAAGUUGUGGAAUCAACUUGCAGUUGAUUAAAGAAGUCUUUCGUUCUGAUGGUGCGAAACCCCUCAAAUUCCCAAAGCCUGAAGUGAUCCAAGCGGAUGAAUUUGCUUGGAGGACGGACGAAGAAUUCGGACGAGAAAUGCUUGCAGGAGUUAACCCUGUUUCCAUUAGCCGUCUCAAGGAGUUUCCGCCAACUAGCACACUUGAUCCUGUACUGUACGGAGACCACACCAGUUCGAUAACUGAAGAACACAUCGAGAAGAACUUAAAUGGGAUGACAGUGAAAAUGGCAUUAGAGAAGAACAAGUUGUUCAUAUUAGAUCAUCAUGACGAACUGAUCCCAUACUUGAAUCGGAUAAACACAACGGGGACGAAAACAUAUGCUACCAGAACACUCCUUUUGCUGCAAGAUGAUGGGGCCUUAAAGCCUUUGGCUAUAGAGCUGAGUCUAGUGCAUCCUGAUGGCGAGAUCCAUGGUGCUUACAAUGAGGUCUACACACCCGUUCAAGAAGGUGUUGAGGGUUCAAUCUGGCAGCUGGCCAAAGCUUACGCGGCUGUGAAUGACUCUGGUGUCCAUCAACUCAUCAGUCAUUGGUUGCUUACGCAUGCUGUGAUUGAGCCAUUCAUAAUUGCUACUAAUAGGCACUUAAGCGCUCUCCACCCAAUCUAUAAGCUUCUGCAACCUCAUUACCGAGAUACUAUGAAUAUCAACGCUUUGGCUCGUCAUAUUCUCAUUAAUGCAGAUGGCUUUGUUGAGAGAACUGUUUUUCCAUCGAAAUUUGCCAUGGAGAUGUCUGCCACAAUUUAUAAAGGAUGGAAUUUCACAGAACAGGCUCUCCCACAAAAUCUCCUCAAGAGAGGCAUUGCGGUUGAAGACUCGAGCAAACCACAUGGAUUACGUUUAUUGAUAGAAGACUAUCCAUUUGCAGUGGACGGACUCGAGAUAUGGUCAGCAAUUGAGAAAUGGGUGCAUGAAUAUUGCUCAUUCUACUACCCAAGCGAUGAUUUGAUCCUAGGUGAUACAGAACUGCAAUCAUGGUGGGAGGAUCUCAGAACCCAAGGCCACGGUGACUUGAAAGACGAACCAUGGUGGCCAAACAUGCAAACCUUGUCAGAGUUGACUCAAUCAUGCACCACAAUCAUAUGGAUAGCUUCAGCUCUCCAUGCAGCAGUGAACUUCGGACAAUACCCAUAUGCAGGUUACCUUCCAAAUCGUCCAACCAUGAGCAGACGAUUCAUGCCGAAACGAGGGGAACCCGAGUACGAUGAACUUGAGAAGAAUCCUGAUGCAAUUUUCUUGAAAACCAUCACUAGUCAGUUACAAACACUUCUUGGGGUAUCUCUCAUCGAAAUUUUGUCAAAACAUUCUGCAGAUGAGAUAUUUCUUGGACAGAGAGACUGCCCUGAUCAUUGGACAAAAGAUACAACAAUAGUAGAAGAAUUUAAAAGAUUUGGCGAGAAGUUGGUGAAAAUUGAGAACACAAUUAUGGAAAUGAACAAUGAUGAGCAAUUGAAGAAUAGAGUUGGGCCCGUGAAAAUGCCAUAUACUCUAUUGUGCCCUUAUCCUUUGCCGACUGACACUCUUGGACUCACAGGAAGGGGAAUACCGAACAGUGUGUCCAUAUAAAAAGGGGAGAACCCUUGCAUUUGCAUAUUCAAUUAUUGUUUUUGUGUAGUGAUGGAUUGUUCUUUUUCAAGUUUGUGGUAAAUUGAAGACCACGUUUCUGAAGGUUCUUCAUGGAUAUUCUGCUUGUAACCUUUAUAUUCUGAUGCAGACGUCAAUAUUUUUUGAUGCAGUUGUCAUUACU